CCCUUUUUUCCAGUGGUUCUGUAAUGUUCUGGGAUAGACCUAACUUAGCUUCAGACUGACAUCACAAGAGGGGAGUGCAGGCGUAGAACAGCAAGAGAGCCACACUAAGCAGACACUGCGUAGGGACAAAAUACUUUAAUAUAACCAGAAGGUGCAGAGAAGGCUUUGUGAAAAAGGAAGAUAGGCUUAUUGCCUUUCUACAUUAAACUGUGAACAUGUUCAGCUGGAUCAAGAAAAAUGAGAAGAACAAGAAGACCCCUGAAGUCAUCCACACUGUGACCGAGGGUCUCAAAGACCUGUACAAGAAGAAGCUAAAGCCGGUGGAAGAAUACUACCGCUUCCAUGACUUCCAUUCUCCUGCCCUGGAGGAUGCUGACUUUAAUAAUAAGCCCAUGGUGCUGGUAAUGGGCCAGUACUCGACUGGAAAGACCACCUUCAUUAAGUAUCUCCUAGAGCAGGACAUCCCAGGUAGUCGCAUUGGACCUGAACCCACAACCGACUCCUUCAUUGCGGUCAUGCAUGGAGAGACAGAGGGUAUCAUCCCCGGGAACGCCCUCAUGGUAGAUCCCAACAAACCGUUCCGCAAGCUCAACCCUUUUGGGAACACCUUUCUAAACAGGUUCAUGUGUGCCCAGCUGCCCAACCAAGUCCUGGAGAGCAUUAGCUUGAUAGACACUCCUGGAAUCCUGUCUGGUGCCAAGCAGAGGGUGAGCAGAGGUUAUGACUUCCCAUCGGUCUUGCAGUGGUUUGCUGAGCGAGUGGAUCGUAUCAUCCUUCUGUUUGAUGCCCAUAAGUUGGAGAUUUCUGAUGAGUUCUCAGAAGCCAUUAGAGCCCUCAAGGGCAAUGAAGACAAGAUCCGUGUUGUUCUCAACAAGGCCGACAUGGUGCAAACACAACAACUGAUGCGUGUCUAUGGUGCACUCAUGUGGUCCCUGGGUAAAGUGUUCAAUACACCUGAAGUGCUUAGAGUCUACAUAGGCUCAUUCUGGUCUGAGCCACUCAUGAUUUCUGACAACAGGCACCUGUUUGAGCUGGAAGAACAGGAUUUAUUUCAAGAUAUCCAAAAUCUGCCCAGGAACUCAGCCCUACGCAAGCUCAAUGACCUGGUAAAAAGGGCCCGGCUUGUUAGGGUUCACGCUUAUAUUAUCAGCUACUUGAAAAGGGAAAUGCCAUCUGUCUUUCGCAAAGGAAACAAGAAGAAGCAGCUAAUUGCAGAGUUACCUGUCAUUUAUGCCAAAAUACAGCUAGAACAUCACAUCUCCCCAGGAGAUUUCCCAGACUGUGCCAAAAUGCAGGAGCAGCUAAUGAUUCAUGACUUCACAAAAUUUCAUUCCUUGAAGCUAAAUAUGAUUGGAAUUUUGGAUGAGAUGCUUACAGUUGACAUUGCAAAACUCAUGCCACUGCUGAAGCAGGAAGACUUGGAUACCACUGACAAUAUGGUACAAGGAGGAGCCUUUGAGGGAACCCACAUGGGUCCCUUCAUUGAAGGCUUCUUGGAUGGCGUCUUUGAAGGCCUUGACCAUGAAGACUGGGUAGUUACGAAAGACAAGCCUAAAUAUGAUGAAAUCUUCUUCAACUUGGCACCCACUGAUGGCAAAUUAACUGGCACCAAAGCCAAAAACUGGAUGAUAACCACCAAGUUGCCCAAUUCUGUACUAGGUAAGAUAUGGAAGCUCUCUGACGUUGAUCGCGAUGGCAUGCUGGAUGAUGAAGAGUUUGCCUUAGCAAGCCACUUAAUCGAAGUCAAAUUGGAUGGGCAUGGCCUUCCCCCAGAAUUACCUAGACACCUGAUCCCACCAUCCAAGAGGAGACAGAAAGGUUCUGCUGAAUAAUUCCAUCAAGUCAUGUUUUCUUGCUCCUAAUUUUUUUUUUCUUCAAACCUUCCAUCAUUGACAGUGAUAAACCUAACCUUUUACGUGCUCACAAAUGUAAUGUCUGUCGCCAGGGCAGGUUGACAGGAACAUUGUUACUAACACAAGCAAAUUCUCUUCAAAUACACUGUGUCUGCCUGAAUAAUACAAUAAACUGCACCCUAUUCAACUUCAGAAGCCCAGAACACUGUCAUCAACUGGCAAGAAUAGUAUAAUAGUGAAGACAUCAAAGAGACAUUCCACCAAUGUCCCAUUAAGGCUCCUCAAUAACAUAAAGAACCCUUGUAUAUCACUUCAUAUAGACCACUUGUAACAUUACUUGCAAUGUUCUGCACAUCUUUUUGUCCUGUAUUGUUUGAUAUAUCCAGUGUUCCAUAACCCACGCUAGAAAAUAACCAUUGCUGUUUAUAUCUUUUGCUUUUCUCACUGAAUGAAAGUUAAGCUGCAGGUCACCUUUUGUGCCUUUUAUUGCUUUCAUAUAAAAUUUAUAUAUACUGUAUGUAUACAUGAUUGCUAAGUAAUACAACAGGGAAAGCUGUGGCCAAGAAGAGAAUGAAUGUAACUGAAAGAGUAUUUUUUAAUGCAAAAAAAAAAUGAUUGGAGAAAGAUACAUUGGAAGAGAAAUAUUUCAAAAGGUUCAAAUAGAUAUGCAUAAAACGUAUGUAUGUAUUUUCUCCUCGUCUGACGCAUUUUGAUAUUAGAUUUUACAAACCAACAUCUACCAGUUUCUUUAGCCGUUAUCCCAUUUUCUGUGAUCAGUACCCGAGGGUCCAACUUCACUGAUAGAUGUUUUUAUUUUUAUUGACGUCACAGAGAAUACAGUGGAAGACAGAUUCUAUGGCUGAGGGGUAAAACUAUUAUGAAUUAUGAGUAGGGAGAUUUCUUGCAUGGGCUCCAAAAAGUAGUCCGAACAUUUAGUUCAUCGAUACUUUCUUAUAAGAAAUACAUUUCAGGUAGACGGCCUAUUGAAGUUUAGCUCCUCCCAGUUUGAGUUUUGAAUAGUCAUGAUCACCUCUACCUUCUAAUACCUCUGGAAGACUCCAAUGGCAAGAUUAUCCUGUAGUUGUUUGUGCCUCCGUCUCUCCCUACAAGGGAAUAAGGAAGCAAUCGCCCACUCAAAGCUGGAGAUCUAGAAUUUUUUUCCUCCGAGGCAUGCCUACAGCCAUUGAGCACAACUGCAAAUUCUGGUGAGAACGUCUCACCAACGAAGUCCUGGUGACACAAGAAGUCUGCAAGUGAUUCAACAUCCAAGUACAGUUUUGGGUGGCGAUAGAUUUAUUUAUUUUUGUAAAUGGAGGUAUAGGAGCAGGAAAGUCUUUGCAAGAUCUAAUUUCUCCUGAAUCAUGUCCUCAAUCCAAUUCUAACAUGCACAUGUGACUACUAUAUAAUACUGGUGCUUAUAAAUAAAGUACACCCACUAUUGGAUAUUAAUAUAUGACAAGCGCAAAUGUAUUUCUGAGCUAAACAGUAAGUCUGAAUUAUAAAUAAAAAGUGUUUAUUAUUAAA